AUGCCGUCAACUUUCCAAGUCAAGUUCCAAGAUGAGCAUCUCUGGCGCCAACCCGAGCAGAUUAUGGAGAUGAUUGCGAAUAAAGAAGGAACUCCACUCACACCGGGGAUUGCCUUUUUGGUCAAUGGAUUGGAUGAGAAUGGGAAGUAUGAAGUGAAGGUGUCAAUGGAACGAGUCGGUUAUGACCGAUACACCUACACGGACGGCGCGUGGCAGAUCUCGACAAAACGGAAGGCGGCGCCGAUGUAUCUCAACAGAGAGGUCAGUCACAAAGAUGGAGUGAAGACUGGAAAAGAAUGGAUGUCGGAGAUGAUCAAGUUCGAUGAAGUACGGAUUACCAACAACAAGAGCAAUGAGUCGAAGGAUAAUUUCAUUUUCACGGAGACGAUGCACCUCUACCGGCCAGUCAUCACAUUCAAGAACAUCGACACCACUCAAUCACCGAUUUAUCACUCGGAUCCUCUCUUCAACUUCAUUCCUGUUACUAUCUACCAACACACAAGUAUCGGGAAGUGGAAGGCAAAGAAUAACAAGUUCGCAACGAAGAAACAUGGAGGAUUGGGAUCAGACAAGAGUGGAAGGAAGGAGAAGAACGUACGGGCUCCUACUACUACUACUGUCGACGUCAAAGCUUCUGUAAAUACCGUUUCGACGAAUCCAGUCGACAACUCAAUAUUUGCGGGAUGUUCCAGUAAACCAGUCUACUAUUUUCCUAAUUUGAAACCAGUCUGGAAUCAGGAUGAAGUGAAGAAUCAGAGAAAUCCCUUGGCCCGAAAAGAGAAUAUUCAACCAGCUGAUGUGACUAUCAACCCUGUCGUCCCUCCUUCUGAUUUCGUUCAAAUGGAUCCAUCCUACAAUCAACAAUAUAAUGGAUACUACAAUCAGCAUACUAUGCCCGACUACUCCCUUCCUCUGCAGUACUCCAACAACGCCUACUAUCCACGAACGAACAAUAACUACUGGAACUACACUCCAACUGCUUACUACCCACCAAUCGGAGGUAACGAGAAUCUUCCACCACCACCCCAGUACCCAUUCUAUUACUAA